CCAGCUGCGCUGAGUGGCAGCCAGUGUUGGGGUUGCGGGUUGGGAAAAGCGAGCCUUUGGGCAGCCCGCCACUCUUGAGUGGGUGGGUGAAGUGGUACGCGACGCGGGGACCCUUGGCACCUCGGCAGCCUGAGGACGGGAGGUCCCGGCCGGAGAUACUGGAGGAGCGGGUACUCCGACCCUGACAAGCCUGGCAAACCCUAGCGCCCCCUCCGGAACCUACCUUGCAGCCUCCUGCAUCUGGGGGGCAGCCUCCAGCAACGGUACUGGAUUUGAGUCCAACAAAAUAUCCUUUGGAGAACUUACAUCCUUUCAACACAGAACCCAAAUGGCUCAAUGGGAGAGGCUGCAGAACCUUGACAGCUCAUUUCAGGACAAACUGGACCAGCUGUACUUACACACCCUCCUGCCAGUGGACAUCCGGCAGCACUUGGCUGUCUGGAUUGAAGACCAGAACUGGCAGGAAGCUGCACUAGGCAAUGAUAAUUCCAAGGCCAACAUGCUGUUCUUCCAGUUUGUGGACCAACUGAACAAUGAAUGUGGCCGUUGCAGCCAAGAUCCCGAGUGCAGUUUACUGCUGCAGCACAACUUACGAAAAUUCUGCCGGGACAUUCAGGCCUUACCGCAGGGCUCUACCCAAUUGGCUGAGAUGAUCUUUAAUCUCCUUCUGGAAGAAAAAAGAAUUCUGAACCAGGCUCAGAGGGCUGAAGUGGGGCAAGGAAGUCCAACUGUGGAAGUACCUGUGGAGAGCCAGCAGUCUGAGAUUGAAUCCCGGAUCCUGGAUUUAAGGGCUAUGAUGGAGAUGCUGGUGAAGUCCAUCCGACAAGUGAAAGACCUUCAUGAUGUCUUCAGCUUUCGAUAUAUGGUACUCAAUAAAGGGACCUCGUCCUCUGACCCACAUCAGAACAAACAGCGGCAGCUUGUGCAAGAAACUCUCAAUGAACUGGACAAAAGGAGAAAGGAGGUGCUUGAUGCCUCCAAAGCGCUGCUAGGCCGACUGACCACCCUCGUCAAUCUCCUACUGCCAAACUUGGAUGAGUGGAAAACCCAGCAGCAGAGAGCCUGCAUUGGAGCCCCACUAAAGCCUGGGCUGGAACAGCUAGAGAAGUGGUUCACAGCUGGAGCAGAUCUGUUGUUUCACCUGCGGCAGCUGCUGAAACAGCUGAAGGAAUUAAGUGACAUGAUUCACUACGAAGGUGACCAGCUGAAGAAAGGAGUGGAGCUGCUGAAUGCCCAGGUCACAGAGUUGCUGCAGUACCUGCUGCAUAGCGCCUUUGUGGUGGAAAAGCAGCCCUGUAUGCCACAGACUCCACAUCGGCCCCUCAUCCUGAAGACUGGGAGCAAGUUUACUGUCCGAACGAGGCUGCUGGUCAGACUCCAGGAAGGCAAUGAGUCACUGACGGCAGAGGUCUCCAUUGACAAGAAUCCUCCUGAGUUACAUAGCUUCCGAAAGUUCAAUAUCCUGACCUCAAACCAGAAAACUUUGACUCCUGAGAAGGGGCAGAGGCAAGGCCUAAUUUGGGACUUUGGCUUUCUGACACUGCUGGAGCAACGUUCAGGUGGUUCAGGAAAGGGCAAUAAUAAGGGUCCUCUGGCUGUGACAGAGGAGCUGCACAUCAUCAAUUUCACAGUGAAAUACACGUACCAGGGUCUGCAGCUGGAUCUGAAAACGGACACUCUCCCUGUGGUGAUUAUUUCCAACAUGAACCAGCUCUCCAUUGCCUGGGCCUCAGUUCUCUGGUUCAAUCUGCUCAGCCCAAACCCCCAGAACCAGCAGUUCUUCUCCAGUCCCCCCGCGGCCCCCUGGAGCCUGCUGGGCCCUGCUCUCAGUUGGCAGUUCUCCUCCCACAUUGGCCGAGGACUCAAUGCAGACCAGCUGGCCAUGCUGAAGGAGAAGCUGUUCGGGAAAACCUCAAAGAUGGAGAAUUUGUUGUCCUGGGCUGACUUCAGUAAGCGAGAGAGCCCCCCUGGCAAGGUACCAUUCUGGACAUGGCUGGACAAAAUUCUGGAACUGGUACAUGACCACUUGAAAGAUCUGUGGAAUGAUGGGCGCAUCAUGGGCUUCGUGAGCCGGAACCAGGAGCGCCGGCUGCUGAAGAGGACCAUCUCCGGCACGUUCCUGCUGCGGUUCAGUGAAUCUUCAGAAGGAGGCAUCACCUGCUCUUGGGUGGAGCACCAGGAUGAUGAUAAGGUGGUCAUCUACUCUGUGCAGCCCUACACCAAGGAGGUGUUGCACUCCCUCCCACUGACCGAAAUCAUUCGACACUACCAGCUGCUCACCGAGGAGAACAUACCGGAGAACCCUCUGCAAUUCCUCUAUCCCCGCAUCCCCCGCGAUGAGGCUUUUGGGCGCUACUACCAGGAAAAAGUUAACCUUGAGGAACAGAGGAAAUACCUGAAACAUAAGCUCAUUAUGGUCUCUAACAGGCAGGUGGAUGAGCUGCAGCAACCUCUGGAGCUUAAACAGGAGCCAGAACAGGAGGCCUUAGAGCUGGAGCAAAGACUGAUGCCAAAGCUAGAGCCGGGAAUAGGCCUGGAGUUAGAGCCCCUGCUGGAGACAAUCCUGGACCUUGGAUCAGCGCUGGAGCCUGCGUCGGAGCCCACUCUGGAGCCAGUUCUGGACCUGAAGCCAGGGCUGCAGCCUGAACUGGAGCCCCCUGUGUUCAUAGGAUCACAGCCAGGGCCAGAUUCAGAUCUGCCUGAGGAACUGCAAAACUUGAGCACUGUUGACAUGGAAAUCUUCAGGAACAGUGUGAAUAUUGAAGAGAUCAUGCCGAAUGGGGACCCACUGUUGGCUUGCCUGAGCAUCGUGGAUGAGCCAUACAUCUCCUGCGCCAGCCAUUUCUGCACAGACGGAUCCUUGAAUCCUGACUGCUAGGAUUCAAGCUGUAUUUCCUCUGUUAUUUGCAUUUUUUUGUCCUUCCCACUCCCCACAUCAUGACUGUGCUCCAAGGAUAAGAACUCGGGCGUUCUCACCUGGAGUUCAGGGAGAGGUGAAAGAAUAACUUGGGUAUGGAAGGGACACCAGACUCAGACAUGUGCUGGCCACAGUUCUGAAAGGAUCUGGGAGGCUACCUGCUGUGUUGGGUGGUACAAGGGUACUCAGGAGGUCGGGACAGGUGGGCGGUAGUUGAAGGGCCCAGGGCAAGGACUUCUCUUCAGUGUGAAGGGAUAUCAAUAUUUUAAUGGCUUGUACAUCUAAAUUGACGCACAGUAGCAUUAGGCCUCAGUGGGAGGCACAGACACAUGAAGAAUCCACUACCACCCCUUUUCUGUUUAGAUUUUAUUGAACCCAGGGCCUUCCUUAUGUGUGUUAGGUAAGGCUCUACUGCAAAGCUGUAUCUCUAGCCCUUCGUUUCUCUCCUCUGGUUCCUAGCAUAACGUUUUCCUUUCUUCCCUUUACUUCUGACUCCAGGUCUCAGUUUCUCCUUUUCGGCAGGGCUGAGAGCUUCCUGCUUUAGCCCACCAUGUGAAGCUCUGUUCUCAGAAGGCAAUAGGAGUGAAAAUGCCUUCUUAGCAAUCUCCUGCUCUUCUCUGCUCCCUACGCUGCCUGCAUCCAUUCUCCCAUAAAAUGAUCCUGCCAGCCUACCCUGAAAAACUUUGUACCAUAUUUAGGCUACCAGUCCUCCACUUGCCCAGUGUAGAGAUUUCAGUCCAUAAUUGUUUGGCUGCAAGGCAAGAUAGCUUGGAAGAGGGAGAUCAAAUCACAGAAAAAAAGUUUAUGGCCAGCAGAAGACAGCAAAAGCAAAGGCCCAGUGCUUAAGAGACAAAAAUGACUUCUAGAAACUGGGAUUGUAGGUUUUCUGGGAAUUUGGGUAUUGCUUUUUGCAGUAUUGAAUAGAAUGUAAUGUUUUACAGAAGGAAAACACCCAGCCUUAGCUAUUUUUCCUUUAAGAUAUAAUGCCUCUUGGACUGGGGAGAUGGCUCAGUGGAAUAUGAGCUUCCCUGGCAAGCGCAAGGGCCUGAGUUC